AGAUCUAGAAUUAAGGUCAAAUCCUCCCCUUUACUGUUUAUUCAUUAUUGUGCUAGGUCACGGGCCACUUAUCAUAAUGCCGUGUGUACAAACAGCAACGUAGCGCUGGCCCCGUAACAUGUACACGUAUUUAUACGAUGAACGUGCCCUAGGAUACUUACAGGAAUUUUGCACGCACGACGAAGUGGUUGAAACUUCCUCAUAUUCCCGCAGAUUUCAGGCGUAACAUCGUUGUGAAAUGGGGACAUAGUGUAAUCAAAGACUGGAUAUCAGCUGUAUCGAUCAAGAUGUCUUCAUUUCUCAGGAAGAUCACAAAUACGCUCCUGUGCAAACGAGAGGACAUUCCUGAAAACCGGACCAUUUUUGUCAACCACAAGCACCCUCCGACCGACGAUGUUUACUUCCAGCAAAAGUUUCCAGACAACAAAAUCAUCUCUUCAAAGUACACAAUCAUCACUUUUCUACCAAAGAAUCUCUUUGAGCAGUUCAGAAGAAUCGCCAAUUUCUAUUUCCUUCUAGUUGCUGUCUUACAGUUUCUGGCCAUUGACAGCCCCGUCAGCCCAAUCACCAGCAUUCUGCCUCUGAUCUUUGUCAUAUCUGUCACAGCCAUUAAGCAGGCCUAUGAGGAUUGGUUGAGACACAAAGCCGACAAUGAAGUCAACAAACGGCCAACGCAGGUGGUACGUGACUGCCACAUCAAGGAGGUGCAGUCGCAACAAAUCAAUGUGGGAGACAUUGUGAAAGUCAUGAUGGAUGAGGAGUUGCCAUGUGACAUGGUCCUACUGUGCUCUCAGAAUGAAGACGGGGAAUGCUACGUCACAACGGCAAAUCUGGACGGAGAAACAAACCUGAAGAUCUUUCGAUCGUUGCCAGACACCGCCUUACUACAAGAUGAGGAAGGAUUAGACGCACUGUCAGCGAUGGUAGAGUGUGAGCAGCCACAGCCGGACUUGUACAAGUUUAUUGGAAGGAUGAGCUUCUAUAGCCCCAGUCAGCAACCCACAGUCAAAUCACUCAGCGCAGAAAAUGUGCUAUUGAGGGGUUCCCGAUUAAAAAACACACAUUUUGUGUACGGGGUGGCAAUUUACACCGGCAGGGAAACCAAGAUGGCCCUCAACUCAAGACAAAAAGGCCAAAAGCAUUCCUGUAUAGAGAGCUCAAUGAACAAAUACCUGGUAGCCAUGUUGAUCUGGUUGAUAGUACAGACAGGGCUAGCAACAGGCCUCAAGUACUGGACCGAUCGGCGUGAUUUCAUGGUGAAAUCGUGGUAUGUCCGUCCAGUGGCUGAAGCAUACGGAGAUCUGGUCAGCAGUGCAACGGUCAUCUUUACAGAUUUCUUGUCAUUCCUCGUUCUCUUCAACUACAUCAUUCCAAUCUCCCUCUACGUCACAAUCGAGUUACAAAAGUUUUUAGGAUCCCUGUAUUUCGGCUGGGACGUAGACAUUUACGAUCCUAAAGCAGACCUUCGUGCCAAAGCCAACACCUCAGACUUAAACGAGGAACUGGGUCAGGUGGAGUACAUGUUCACCGACAAGACCGGUACACUGACGGAGAACGACAUGCAGUUCAGAUACUGCUCGGUAGACGGCAUCAAAUACACAGAGAAGGAGGGCAAACUGGUACCCGGCAACAAAUCCAUAGCUACUCCUGAGGCGACCAGAGAGUUCCUGCUCUGCCUGGCGCUCUGCCACACUGUUCACGUCAAUAAAGACCAAGAUGGGGAUGAGGUUGAUGCACCCAACCCUAAUGAGGAUUACACGCUGUGGCAGUAUGAGGCCUCAUCGCCAGAUGAGAAGGCACUGGUUGAGGCCGCUCAAAGGUUUGGUGUGGUCCUAACUGCCUCCACUCAGGAGUACAUUGAGCUUAUGAUAGAUGGGGACCUGGUUCGAUUCCAACUGCUGCACAUCUUGGAGUUUGACCCAACCAGGAAGUGCAUGAGUGUUAUCAUAAAGAACCCCGAGGGGAAUGUGCAAGUCUUAUGCAAAGGAGCUGAAUCUACAAUCCUAGCUAGGAGUGUGUCUGGACAGAAAGAUAUCACCCUGGAUCAUGUCAACGAUUAUGCUGUGGAGGGGCUUCGGACGCUCUGCUUUGCCAAGAGGGAGCUGAGUCCUGAAGAGUAUGAAGACUUUCACCACCAGCUCCAUGAGGCAUCCACAGCCCUGGAUGGCAGGGAGGAGAAGCUUACCCAAGUGUUCAAUAACGUGGAACAGGAACUGCAUCUACUGGGUGCGACCGGUGUGGAAGACAAACUACAAGAUGGCGUCCCGGAGACCAUCGAGGCUUUGCGUACAGCUGGAAUUAAGGUCUGGGUGCUGACAGGUGACAAACAGGAAACGGCGGUCAACAUCAGUCACUCCUGUAAACACUUCAAGCCUCACAUGCAGGAGUUGAUGCUAGUCAAGCAGGCCAAUGCGCAGGAAUGCGGCGAGACAUUAUGGCGAUUCCUUGAACAAAUGAGAGCCGAACCCCAAGUGAAGUACGCGAUGGUGGUUGACGGUCCGAGUUUAUUCCACGCAUUGGAACACCACAAGGACACGCUGCGUGAUCUGUGCCUUAACUGCGUGGCUGUCUUAUGCUGCAGAAUGUCUCCACUCCAAAAAGCUGAAGUUGUCAAGCUGGUGAAGUUCUCUGACAGUCGACCAACUACCAUGGCUAUCGGCGAUGGCGCCAACGAUGUCAGUAUGAUCCAAGAAGCUCACAUUGGUCUUGGCAUCAUGGGUAAGGAGGGUCGACAGGCUGUCCGAUGUAGCGACUAUGCAUUCUCUCGCUUCAGGUUUCUUAUAAGGGUGCUCCUAGUACACGGAGCGUGGUACUACAACCGCAUUGCAAUCACUGUACAGUACUUUUUCUACAAGAAUAUUGCCUUCAUCACCGCUCAGUUUUUCUACGCCUUCUAUUCUGCCUUUUCCGAGCAAACUGUGUACGAUAGCUUCUCUCUGACACUGUUCAACAUCACCUACACCUCCCUACCCAUUCUCAUCUAUGGUAUCGUGGAGCAGCAUCUCUCCAGCGAGACGCUGGUCAAUAACCCGCGGCUCUAUCGGGAGAUGCGGCAGAACGCCAAGCUGACAUGGAUUCAGUGCAUCUACUGGCUUGUGCUGGGUACGGUUCAUGCCUUAGUCAUUUUCUACUUCUCCAUGUUGCUCUUCAAGGAUGAUGCAUCGCUGUACCAAGAUCAGAAGAGCAUGGGCAACUGGUGUUUAGGAACCAUUCUGUAUACCUGCUGUAUCCUCAUCGCUAACAUCAAGCUUGGAAUAGAGACUCGAUACUGGAAUUGGAUUGUCAUUGGUUCCAUGGCGCUCUCCAUCUUAGGCUACCCGAUACUUACCUCCAUCUACACAGCUUUCAUAUGGUACAAAGUGCUUGGUGGAUGGGAUUUCUUUGACUCGACCGACCCCUACUACGUCUUCUUCAUGUCUCUCAAGAGCUGGCCUGUCUGGUUCGGCAUUCUCCUCACCAUCGCAGCCUGUUUCCUUCCCGACUUCGUCUACAAGACCUGCCAGCUCUACUUCUUUCCAUCAGAGAGCCAGGUUGCCAAUCCAACAAAACAGCCAAGACAACAGCCAAGCAAACCGAAGCAAUGGACCCCAAAGAAGCCGGUUGAGUUCAACGGCCGUGGGAGGUUGAACCCAGCCUUCGAGGGGGAGGUCGCGACAGACGCGGUGGACGAGGGCGGCCUAAGCCUGGGCACCUACAAGCUGGCCUAUCAGAGCGAAGAGGACCAGACCUCCAAGACAACUCCAAUAACGGUUUUGUAAAGUCGAAAGCGUACCGACUCCAAAUAAUGAUUGCCAAAAUAUGCAAAUACGGCUGUCUCAGUUCAGAACAGUAUUUAUAUGUAUACUCAGUUGGUCACUAACUCAGUCAUUUAUACUCAGUCGGGGAGUCAGUCAGUCAUUCAGUCCGUGACUCCGUCAGUCAAGGGGACUGUAGGCUGGCCUAUUAGGCCCAGCAAAAGCUUUAAUUAAUACUGCAAAAAAAAAAUUUAAUUUUUUUUUACAAAACGGCUUUGCAGAAGUGAAACAGAAUUUUUUUUUUAUUGCCAAAGGUUAAGUUCUUGAGUUCUGUUUAGAAUUGUUGGAACUGUCCAUGUCAUAACUGUUAGGUUAUGCAGCCCCAAAAAACCUACUCUGAAUUUGUAGCCUAACGGGAAGAAGAAUCUGUAAAAUUUCAACAAGGACCUUCAUCUUGGCAGUAAAAUCCCACUCAAGCUGGGGUGAGGUUUGUCAAGAUUGUUCCUGAUAUCAGGUUGUUUUGUUUGGAUUUUCCUCGUAUCUGGGUUUUUUGUUAUGAAUCCCUAUUUCAAAUCUGGAAUUCCUGAGGUUUUACCUUAAAAGUAGGUUUACCUGUAAAGGUUGAUAUAAAACAAAUGAAAUGGGCAUUUUAGGGGUGUUUUAGGCAAAUUUAAACAAACAUAUACCAUAGAUCCUACGUUGCUCUGGGGCUCUCGGUGACCCUCCAAUCCUCUGCCAAUUAUUUUGUGGAUUUGUCCUUAUCUCACCCCUGCGGAAGAACUCAUCUUUAGCCCGGGGAAAUAUGCAGGUUUUGGAUUGCAGAAACUAAGUUCAUUCAAGUUUAACCGAUACUUUUUGAAGUUUAUUUACGAGACGGCUAAUAUAGAUUGGAUCAUUAAUUUCAGAAUCAAGCUCAGCCAUGCCAUCUCAGAAUCACUUGAUUUCACUGUUUUUAUCGACAAGAAAUAUUUUGUGGCAUUGGGGUACCCACGAUUAUCUCUAUUGUGGUAGAUUUGUAGAAAGUUUGGAUUGGAGUAGAAAUAACCAAAGAAAGGGACCAAAGAAUUGUAGUUUUUUUUUCGGGAAAUGUGAUUUGAUUGCAGUACUUGUGUAUGAAGAAUGGCUUUGCAGGAUUUGUUUUUAUAAAAGAGCGGAAAAUUUAUUUACUUUACCAAGAAAGAGCAUGGUCAGUUGAAUAGAUGCAAACAUUUGCAACAUAUUCAACAAAAGAAAAGUAUAGUAUUUUUAUUAUUGUGUUAUAACUCUUCAAAGUAAAAAACUGUGAUGUAUGCUUAAUGUCCAUUUUUUUUCAAAACACUUGACCCAUAAUGAAUUGAAGAAACAAGUGCCAAUCUCAUCUUUCUGUUUAGCUUUAUUGUUGAGUGUUAAGCGUGUGAUUAUUUCAAGCCUAUUUUUAACUUGGCAAGGAAUUUUGAGGCAUUUUCAUCAAGGAUUUUUCCACUAACGUAGCUUGUCCUAAGCCACAACUUUGUGCCUAAAAGUGUCACCGAAAGGCUUAUUAAAGGAUCAUUUGAUAUAAAAUAUGUGCCUUUUUGGUACUUUUAACAAAUUACCUACUCACAGUGAAUGGUAAUCAGUCAAUGCCUUAUCAGCUUUUCACCGUGUGGAAUACUUAAUUGUGUGUUGAAUUAGAUUUUAGAAUUUGUUUGUGUUUAUUUAUCAGUACUUUUUUUUCAUUUGCCUUGAUUCACUGUGCUGCUAUUCUCAAUUGAUGCUUUCAAAUUUAAUUUUGCAUUCCGUUCACGGUAAGAGCUCUUUCAGCAUGUUUUAUUUGGCGAAGCCUCUCAAAAGUGCCUGUUGAAUUCAAGAUGUUGUCUGGUAGUUUUCUUCAUCAGAAUAAGACGCAUUUGAAGGUUUUUUUGUUUAUUUUUAUAUCUUACCAACCAAAUAUCCCCCAUGUCAUUGUGUUAAACCUGUUUUAUCCUAUUGUUAACUGCUUUUGUAACAAUUUGACUUAAUUUUAUGACAAAGAUGGAAUUUCAAUGAUGUUUUUAAAGUGAAAAACACCUCAAAUUGAUUAUUUCCAGUCUAAUAAAGUUAAAAUAUGAGGCAAAAUGCAAAUAGUGCAUAGGUAUAUGGCAGAAGUUCAGUUAAAGUUGUAUGGUGUGCAA